AUGAGCUACUUUAAAUUAAUUAGGUUUAUAGUGUCCAACAGUAGCCAUCUGAUGCUGAUCUCAACCGCUUCAACGAUGUACACCCGUAUUGACCCUGAGCAGCUUGUUUUCGAAGACGUGGUACAGUGCCGGCGUGUUCUUAGAGUCAGGAAUGUCAGCGAUGAGAAUAUUAUAUAUAAAGUAAGGACUACAGCUCCUGAUCUAUACAUUGUGCGGCCAAAUGUACACACCAUACUACAAGGACAAGAGCUAGAGCUUGAAUUUGUGUAUCUGGGCCAGGAGACCUCACAUUCUGGCAGAGACAAGUUCAUGAUUAUCACGGCACCAGUUGGCGAUACUAGUUAUGAUAAGCAGGUACUGGAGACUGAUUGGGACAAGAUAGUCAGCGGAGAGUUGAAACAUCGUGCUGUGUCGAAGAAGAUCCCAGUGUUGAUGACCAGUGAGGAAGGUGUGAGAGGUGCUAGGGAGUACAUCCCUACUCGGAAAUACGUGAUAAUGCUCUGCGUUAUGCUGGUCAUUGUAGCAUAUAUUCUUAAGAAAUUGUUUUAA